CACCACACUCCCGUCUUUUAAACGUUGGCAGCUACUCCGCUGCUGUGCCGAAAUUUCUUUCCUUUUCGCUGCUAGAGCCGUGCAAUCUACGAUUUCUCCACUCGGACGGCUACUUAUGCUAUCUAAAUUAUACUUUUAGGCUGCUGUUAUCUCGUUUCGAGUCGUCUGGAGCCCCGCAUUGCUUGGUUGGCAGAUACUCCAUAAUCUGUCUGGCAGCUUAUCGUCCGACGGACGCUAGCAGUUGGAGGACGCCUCAAUUCGCUUCAUGUUUUGCAGUCUUCUGUCGAGGCAAUUCAGCGUCAGUGCGAUUCGUACUAUGUCGAAGGUAUCUCGCGAGAUUAUCACCAGCCCAGCCGUCGCGCCAGGGAUCGGCCCGUACAGCCAUGCGGUCCGAGCUGGAGGCACCAUGUACCUUUCGGGCCAGGUUGGGAUGGACCCGAAGACAGGCAACUUGGUUCCCGGUGGGAUUGUUCCAGAAACGAGACAGGCUCUGACAAACCUUGGCAAGAUCCUUGAGGCUGGACGAAUGAACUACAAAAAUGUGGUGAAAUGCACGGUGUACCUGGCAGAUAUGAACGAGUUUGGCGACAUGAACAAGGUCUACACUGAGUUUUUCACAGAGAAGUACCCAGCGCGAGCUGCGUUCCAGGUCGGAAGGUUGCCCAAGGACGCCCGUGUGGAAAUCGAGGCCGUCGCGGUGGACUGCUGAAACUAGGAAACUGAGAGGUUGCUCGUUACGUGCCUCUUCCGAGAAGGCUGGCAGCACGCCAAGGGUAUACCGACAAAGGUCGCGACGCGAAUAAAGCGUACAAUGCUUCUAACAUUGUGUAAAGCUUGUGCGAGUAGCCCAAAUAAAGAAUUGCGUUUUGAUAGUUUCCCUA